AUGAUCCGCGGCGCCUGGAUGUACCCCCGCGGGGGAGCCGCCGGCGGGGCGGUGUGCUGCGCGCCGCGCCGCAGCGACAAGCCGGUAGCCGACCCCGAACGGGCGCAGAAAUGGCGCCUCUCGUUGGCCUCGCUCCUCUUCUUCACCGUCCUCCUCUCCGACCAUCUGUGGCUCUGCGCCGGGGCCAAGCUGCGGGCGCGGGAGCGGAGCGGAGGAGGUGCCGGGCGGCCGCGGAGCCGCGGGCCGCGGGCCUUGCUGGCGGCCGAGCCGGCGGGCGGUAGCUGCGAGGCCUUGCUCGGUAACCUCAGCCGGGCCCCAGGUCCCACCGGCCCCUGCCCCGCCGCCCGCGGCGACUUGGACUCGGCCUGCGCCCGGCUUCACGCCCUGCAGAGGCCGCGGGGCUCGCUGGCCGGCGCGCCCCUCCGCUCGCCCCCCGCCGCCGCCCCCUUCUUCGCCUCUCCCUCCUCCAAGAGGACUUUCCUGCAGGCUUAUUUUAGGAACUUCAACCUCUCCUUUUGUGAUACUUACACGAUCUGGGACCUGCUGCGGGAAAUGGCCGGCCCGGACGGUCUGGACUGCAGCGUGGACAACCUGAUGGUGGACUUGAUGGUGGCGGCGGCCGGAGCGCUGGGUGGGGAGGCCUGUAGCAGCUGCGUCCAGGCGUACCAGCGGCUGGACCAACACGCUCAGGAAAAAUACGAGGAGUUCGACCUCUUGCUGGAGAAGUACUUGCAAUCGGAAGAGUACUCGGUCAGAUCCUGCCUGACGGACUGCAAGGCUGUCUACAAGGCUUGGCUGUGCUCCGAGUAUUUCAACGUGACCCAACAGCAGUGCCGACACCGGAUCCCAUGCAAGCAAUACUGCCUGGAGGUGCAGACCAGGUGCCCGUUUGUGUUACCAGACAAUGAUGAGCUGAUCUAUGGAGGUUUGCCUGGCUUCAUCUGUACGGGGCUGCUGGAGAACCAGCUGCCAGACGAGGAGGCCAAGUGCUGCGAGGUGCAAUGGGACUCCUGUGACCACCCCCCAGACAGCAACGACAACACAUCCCCCAAAUCCACAGCCUCAGAGUCACUCCAUUUCCACCGCCACGACCCCCACCUCCAUCACCAGCGGCAGAACCACUACCACCUCUACCACCACCACCACCACCACCAGUACCACCAGCCCCGCUCCCCGUCCUCGCUGCCGGUCUCCGCGGGGUCUCGCCUCGGCGGCAGCAGGAUCAGACUCUGCGUGCUGGUCCUGAUGCUUCUCCACACCAUGGUGUCCUUCUCGAGCGUGCAUGGCGGCGGCGGGGGCGGCGGGGCGGCCGGCGGAGGGCUCGGCCUGGAGGCCCUGCCUGCCUUGGAGGAGAGCAUGGCGCGGGACGAGUGA